AUGCCACCUCCCAAAUCCGCGCUCGGCGACGACCACUCCGCUCCGGACCUGGAGAUUGUUGGAAACCAACUUACAAUUCAUCCCUCUGGCUUCACGGGUGGUUCUGGAACUCAAGAUGAACAGAUCACCGAACGGAAUCUCGUGCGCCAUAUGGCCCGUUUUCGCGAAAACCCAUUUGAGUUCCUCCGUGAAGUGAGUCUAUACAUGUCUGGAACAGGUUGGCGCGCCUAUGAUGAUCCCAUCGGCCAGCCAGUAUUUUACUCCGGCUUCUCUGAACGGAUGAAAACCUCUAUUCUAUCUAGUAAUAUGCUGCAAGAGAAGGUGCGAGAAUUGGCGUCUACUCGCUUGGCAGUUGAGGAGAAGGAAGGUUUGAUCGCAAUGAAGGAUGGUGCUACAUUGGAGGAAAAACGAGCUCGUCGCCGCCAUGAAAUUGAAUCCAGCUUGCGAGAAGUUGUGGAUACAAUGAUGGACAAUAUGAUUUGCAAGAUGGAAAGCAAGAAGUUCAUUCGUGGUGCAUAUUAUCUAUGCACGCAGCUUCUUACUCGCGCCUAUCACCAGGGGAUCCAUGUGUCUAGUGAAGAGGUUUUGCGCUUGAGAUCAGUUGCCGAGGUGGCAUGUAAGAAAAAGCAGUCGAUUGUUUUUCUGCCCUGUCACAAGUCACAUGUGGACUACGUUUCUUUACAGCUGAUUUGCUAUCGACUUGGAAUUGGCCUGCCUGUUGUUGUUGCGGGAGACAACUUGAAUAUCCCUCUCCUAGGUCCAUUCUUACAGCAUGCAGGUGCUAUGUGGAUUCGCCGAAGCUUUGGAAACGACCCUCUCUACCACACUGUUGUGCAGGCAUAUAUUGAUACAAUGCUGCAACAAGGUUUCAACUUUGAGUGCUUCAUUGAAGGCGGUCGAUCUAGGACGGGCAAAUUGCUUUCUCCCAAGUUCGGAAUUCUGAGCUUCAUUGUUGACAGUGUAUUGUCGUGUCGGGUAGAGGACACAAUAAUUUGCCCAGUCAGCACACAAUACGACAAAGUAGUAGAGACUGAAUCAUACAUUAGUGAACUUCUGGGACAGCCCAAACAAAAGGAGAAUUUGGCUGACCUUCUCUCGUCAUCCUCUGUCUUGUCUCUUAAGCUUGGUCGAGUAGAUGUUCGUUUCCACGAACCCUGGAGCUUGCGAGAAUUCCUAGGCCAGCAGAUUACUCGACUCAACAUGGCAGAUUUAGGACCUAACCAAAAGUUGGCUCAAGCUGAACGAGGCAGGCUUCUCAGGACCUUGGGCUACCGAGUCCUAUCCGAGAUCAACGACGUUUCAGUAAUGAUGCCUACUGCACUGGUCGGAACGGUGUUGUUGACUCUUCGUGGCCGAGGAGUUGGAAAAGCCGAACUAGUACGACGCUUGGACUGGCUUUGCGAGCGUGUACGUGCUAAGGGCGGCCGAGUUGCUCAUUUCUACCGAUCGCCGACCGAAACGGUUGUUGAUCGAGCUCUGGAUGUCCUGGGGCCCAAGCUAGUCGGCGUGAUCACAGGCUUAGUGGAGCCAACAUACUACGCUGUCGAUCGGUUCCAGCUGUCCUUUUAUCGUAAUAUGCUUAUCCAUCUUUUUAUCACUGAAGCUUUGGUCUCUGUUGCGAUGUACACAAAGAUCAAGCAAGGUGGCGGGCCAACAAAUCAGCGGAUUGGCUACGAAGCUUUGAGGACUCAGGUCUCUUUUCUGUCUCAGCUUUUCCGUGGAGAAUUCAUUUUCCCUCCUGAAGGCCUGACAACUAAUUUAGAAAGAACUCUGCAGGGCCUGGAGGCAGACGACGUCAUUCAUAUUACCCGUGAUGACUCUGGAACACCCCAGUUCGUCGAGCUCAGUGAUGCAGAACGUCUAUGUGGCCGUGAAAACUACGACUUCUAUUGCUUCCUAAUUUGGCCUUUCAUAGAAGCUUCAUGGCUUGGUGCUGUAUCAUUACUUGGUCUAACUCCUCCCCUUGAUGGUAAUAAGGAUAUUUGGAUUGAUGUCAAGAAAGCCCAAGACAGCGCUCAACUUCUCGGCAAAACAUUAUAUCAUCAAGGAGAUCUCUCUUAUUUUGAGGCUGUUAAUAAGGAAACACUCAAGAACUCUUACCAACAAUUUGAAGAAGAAGGAAUUAUUCUUGUUGCCAAGGUGAAGGAAGCCAAGGUUGGCCCAUCUUUGAGGCUCACACCAGAGUGGACUCCAGAGAGAGACCCUCAUACCGGCAAAGUCCUACCGCAUGGCCGGUUGUGGGAUUUUACCGAACUCAUUGCCCAGUCACGGCGUGAAGGCAAAAACCGUCGCGAUGGUGCUACAGUCUCGUCGCGAGUUUUAAGAUUAUCAGAUAUGGUUGGAGCACAGCUCUUCUAUACUAGCGCAACUGCAUCUGGGCCUGCGGAUAUUUCCUCAAAGCAGAUGCGCCGUAGGGCUAUCGGCACUGACUCGAAACUCUAA